AGUUACUUUGGCGUAGUUGCAGUUGGGACACCACCUAUAGACGUCGAGGUUGUCAUUGACACAGGGUCUUCUGAUCUCUGGGUGCCAUCAUCAAGCUAUUCGAAAUGUAAUCCUGGUCAUGGAUACAACGCUUCUUCAUCCUCUACAUCCGAACUCCUAAGCAAUAGUUUCAAUGAAUCUUACGGGACCGGUUACUUCGUAGGUUCCCUCGUCUCGGACGUCGUGCAGAUGGGUGAUUUUUCCAUCCCGAAUCAAGAGUUUGGUGUAAUCUCAUUUGAGAAUCAGACGGGUAGUCUCACAUCAAAUUCGACUCAGGGACUGAUAGGAUUUUCGUGGCCAAAUGGUAAAACCACGCCAUUUUGGUUUACACUUGUUAAAGCGGGACAGUGGGAUGAACCGCUAAUGGCACUCCAUAUCACACGGUUCAGCAAUGUCUCAGGCGCAUCUGAUGCAGAGCCCGGUGGAUCACUGACUUUGGGAUAUACAAACUCCAGUUUAUACACAGGUGCCAUCGAGUACCAUAACUUGACUACUUAUCCCCCAUGGGUUAUUGAUUUAACUGAGAUAACGGUUCAAGGCCAAUCUGUCGCUGUGCCAGCAGGCUCCUCCGCGAACGCCAUGAUAGACUCAGGAACAGAACUUAUUUACGGCCCAGCGAACGUCGUCGCUAACGUGUACGCGAAUAUACCCGGAUCCCAGCUAAUACAGAGUGGAGGACUUCAAGGCUAUUACCAAUACCCCUGCGACGUAUCCGUGGACAUUAGCCUGUCAUUCGGCGGUGUCAGCUGGCCUAUCAGCAGUACACACUUUCGGUGGCUGACUGACAACCCCAACCCCGGACAGUGCACUGGUGCCUUUGCACCCCAGAGCAGCGAUCAACUUACGGCUUGGAUUAUAGGGGAUGUGUUUUUGAAAAAUGUGUACGCAAUUUUCAGGUACGAACCUCCAGCGGUAGGUUUUGCGACGCUUUCAGAAGUGGCACCAGCGGAGAAUGGGGUCGACGGCUCCCCUCCGUCGAUGGUGCCACCACCUGUUGAUCGAUACAAUCAGGCGAGACGUUUAGGACAUUCCAUGAGCUCGAAAUUUUGGGUAUUUGGUCUUGUAUUGUAUGCUUUUCUUGCGGUUGUAUAUAUUCUUCUUAACUCGAUAUGUACUUCCAGUUGGAUGCUGCUUACCGGACUUCGAGCGUGA